AUGGAGGUACUUGUACUCGGCCUGAGUACUGCAGCAACUGUAACCGAGGCUUCUACUCUCCGCGUUGUAAUCGUAAGUUGCACAUCCAUCACACAUUGUCUUGAGGUGUACUGCAGCACUUCCUCGGACCAGAGAUGCGAUAGAUGUGAUGGUGAUUACGGCUCGUCUCUAGGAUCAGCCUACAAAAAGUCCGGUGACAUGAGACAGUGCAUUAAGCAAUGUUCAUGGAGGAGUGACAGCAAUGCCUGCUACCCGGGGUCCUGCACUAAUUGGCGGUGCACCUGCAGCAGUGGAUUCUCAGAAGAUGACUGUAGAACAAUGGGCAUCAGUCAAGCACCAGUGCUAUCAGAGCACCGAGCCACCCUCGUCAUGGGAGCAACCACGCUGGAAUCACCUACGGUCCUGAACAGUACAGACACCGUCUACACCAACGGAGCCAAUUUCACAAACAUCACUAUCCAGUGGGUUAGCUCUUACCAGCCCACUGGACUACCAAGCCUGAGUAGUGGUGGACAUCCAUACAUCCAUAGUGUCCGGAUGGGUGUUGUGGAUGCAGGGGUGACAGCCGUUGUGAAUCGGGUUCAGGGAGAAACCUAUUCAAUAGGCUCGUGGCAGUGUAUACCAACGAGUGGACCGUCCUUCAAUCAAGACCAGCCAAAAACAGACUUGGUACACUGUGAAUACACAUUCACUCUUGACCUCAAUGUUUGGACACCAACAACAGGAGAUAUACUGAGGUGUAAUGUAUCUUCAACCAGUGGCGGCUACAUGAAACUUUACAACCGAGACAGCGAUAGCCGAAUCAUCACCCGGUAUUACAGCGGCAGCACAAGCUACGGCAGCCCGUCUUUCACUUUUGACUUCGUUCAGCCGUACCACUGCGUGGAUGGCAGUGGCUGUAGGGACACAAUGCUGGACACGGAGAAUGUUGUUUUACAGGCAACAAUAGAUGUAACCUGGGAUGGCUGGUCAGACAGUGUGGCUGGCAUCAAGGACUACCGUCUGGAAGUGCGACAGUUGUCAGGUAGCCAUGGCGAUGAGAUGACAGAAAUCUUUGACAGCGACCCCAUUUUCUCUGGGGUAACGAACUCUGGUCAGAAUGUCACCUUGCCGCACGUUGGCGUUUACUCCGUCGUCCUCGGUGUCUAUGACAACGCGGGCAAUGUCAAACAUAGCAGACGCUUUGUGUUCUUUGACGAUAAUGAAAGUGACGUUACGUUCACGCAGAGAAACGCGUCUGUGCGUGUACUCUCAGCCACGGCAGAAACCGACUAUGUCUGGCUGACCCACCUGGACUCCCUCGCAGGGACGACAUCUGUGCACCUUGAUUGGACAAACCGUUUUAUCAAUGUAGAUCAUCUCAACCAAGGUUUAUUAAAACCAGUUGGGUCCUAUGUCCCUGCAACAAUCCAUCCUGAUUAUGACCAGAACUUUGGACUUCGUGGCCGUGCAGCCAUCCCCAAUGCCUUUGGCGUGACAGAAUUCCGCGUGUUAUAUGACAUUGACCACAGCGGUGGCAGGACCACUGUCAACGUGAGUGACGACAACUCAGACCACUGGAGCAGUGAAGGCGUAACUACGCAAGCGACUUAUGACGUGACCCUAGUAGACGGCGAUUCGAUUCGGUUCUGGGUGGAGGCCAGGGACCUGGCUGGUCACUUUCUGAGGGACAGUGUGUUGGUGCACGCUGAUGCCUCCCCGCCUGUCAUUGAAGACUUCUGGCUGGUACGGGACGGGGAGGUGAACGUGGCCGUUCAUAAUUCAGAGGAUCUGCAUGAGAUGAGUAUUGCAUUCAGAGCUUAUGACAUUCACAGCGGCGUAAGAACCAUUGAAUUGCGUCUAUUUGACAAUCACACUGGGGGAGAGAUGGAACUUGACCAUCAAACAGUCCCAGCGAGGAAAAUCAAUACGAAUGACGAGGACUGCGAUCCUGUCAGCUGUAUGUGUGUUCCCACCGGUGACUGUUAUGCCGUAGACUAUGAUUUCCAUCCAAAGCAGUUCAGUACGACACAUGACUACGACUACUUUAUCAAGCUGACCAUUAGCAAUCAUGCAAAACUGGACACCACCCAGACAAUCAAGGUAACAAUCGACACAUCAGCCCCUCAAGCCGGCGUGGUGCAUGAUGGGUUACGUGGAUCCAAUGAGGUAGACUUUCAGGAAGGCAAUGAUCUCUCAGCUCACUGGGAGGGGUUCUUUGACAAGGAGAGUGGGGUCAAGUUCUACCAGUAUUUGUUUGACAAAUUCUGCUGGAUGAACGAGACAUCGAUUGGAAGCGUCAGUGAUUAUAUGAUGAGGACCACUUCGACUUAUGUAAGUUGGACAGCGCCCUCACCUGGCCCAUACUACGUAACCGUCAUUGCAUUCAACCGAGCUAUGGAACCUUCAGAGGCCGUGUGUUCCGACGGUGUCGUUGUUGAUACUAGUCCUCCAAAGCUGACCCAGAUUGCUAUCAGCUUCGUCCGGAUGUGGCCUCGUCUAGCUAAGGAUGUUGAGGGUCGGGCGUGGUUCAUCAACGAGCAUCGCAUGAAGAUGGAGUUGAUUAAUGCCUCUAGUGACUGUAGUUCCAAGGCUGCCCUGGUAGAAGAUUUGUCUGUUUAUCCUGAGAUGUCUGCCACCAAUGACACCACAGAAAACCCUCAAGGAGACUUAGACUGCAAGUGGAUCAGAGAUGUUCAGCAGCAGUUCUUCAUUCCCACUGACAAGCAUCUUAGCAUGUCCUGGACAGGAGAGGAUGCAGAGAGCUCCAUUUAUGACUACGAGAUCGGUCUUAGCACUGACCCCUCAAACCUGACCCCUGACCUCGUGACCUUCAGGUCAACAGCAGGUCGCGAUCACUUUAUUAUGUACCAUCCUGACAUCAGUCAUGGAUCUGUGUUCUAUCUUGUUUUGAAGGCAGUCAACAAGGCUCAAUUAUCUACGUUCAAGAAAAUUGGGCCAAUUGUAGUGGAUACCACGCCACCCGUGUUUGUUGGGCGUGUCUCGGUCCAUGCGGAGGAUGAGUACUUGAUAGCUGAAUGGGGAGAGAGUGGCUUCAUUGAUGAUGAGGAUACCAGCCUGAGAUACCAAGUUGCCAUCGGGAGUAGUCCGGGUGGCACGGAAACUGUUGCUUUCGAGACAGAGAAAGACUACCGAAUUGGGCCGUGUUUGUCACGAUCACACUGUGCUGCAUUCUCAUUGGACGACCUCAACUGGCAUCUCCACGGCGAUCAUGAGUAUUACGUAACAGUUCAAGCACAGAAUGGCGCCGGGUUAACCACUGCUGGGACCUCAUCCGUGUAUAGACACAUGGUGCAGUUGCCAUCCGUGGGUGUUGUACUUGAUGUUGCACCCCCUGGCGAGGAAUCCGAUGUUAACUUUGGGGUAGCCAAGGAUAUUGACGUUCAGACGGACAACACGAGCAUCUCAGCUCGUUGGUUUGGUUUUGAGCAUCCUCAUCUUGAUAUCAACUAUGAGAUUGCCAUCGGAUUAGAAGGAGGCGCUACUGAAGUCAGCGGUGGUUUCAUUGAUGUCGCCAAUGCAACCUUCUAUCGAUUGCAUGGACAAGAUCUUGCUCCGCUCGAGACCUAUUACGUGACCGUUCGUGCCAACUCUGAAGCCGGUAGCGUCAACGUUACUUCAGAUGGUGUCAAAGUCAUUCAGGAGGGUCAGGCACUGGAGGGAGCUGUGAUCAAAGAUGGACUGGGUUGUGAUCAAGAUGCAACAUCUGCGCCAUCAGGAUAUUCCCAUCACUCAGCUGCUGCUGAUCAGCCCUGUGAGGAUGACAUCACAUACCAAUCGUCUACCUCAGACAUCGCAGCUCGUUGGACAAUCCCAGAGAUGCUGCAGCCUUUUGUGACAAAUGUCGUAUGGGCUGUUGAACAGGAGAUUGAAAUAUACCAAGAUGAUGAGAAUACUACAAAAGAGUGGAUACGUGUGCUGGAUGACCAUGAUGUUGGCAUGGCAUUCCAACAUGUCGGGGCUGGAAUAGGGUUGCAUGGUGGAGCUCACUACAGAUCAAAGGUGCAGUUCUGCCAUGGUAGUGUUUGCUUCCGACCGAUCGUCACUGAUGGAUUCUGGGUAUUAUCCCAACCUCCCGAGGUCGGUCAGAUCACAGUCAACAGCACUGAGACUACGCAAGGAAGGACAAACCUCCAUGUGGUCUUACAGCCCUUUGCGCAUGAUUACGUCCGUUAUGACGACCCACAGGAACUGAUGGAUUUCUAUGAGUGGAGCAUUGCUGAGGAUGGUAGCGAUGAAGCACUGCUGAGUCCCUGGAUAAAAAUCCAGAAUUUGGUGUUUACUGGGGAUGCGGCCCGCUUCACAGCAUCAUACCCUGGGUUGUUGGACCUGGAUUCGUGUCUGCAGCUAUCGGUGAGGGGCUACAAUAAAGCCGGUCUUUUCUCCAUUGCUAGCACUGAGAUAGUUGACUGUGAUGAUGCAACACUGAUCGUCCCUCAUAUGGUCAUUGAUGCAGAUCAUGAAGUACGCAUUGAGCAGAAUUCCCUGUGGCCGGAACCAGAUAAGAACUACAUCUCAUCUACGUCCUCAUUAUCAGCAGUCUGGCCUACUCUACGUCACAGAGCCUAUAUCUGGGCAGUCAUUGAAGACAUCGGAUCCAAUGCAUUAGGAAAUUUGGACAAUGGUCUGCACUACCCCUGCGAUCACCCGAUGAAGAAGGACUGUGGGGAAACAGAUAAAGAGUUUGUCAACGUUCCUGAUUUGGUCCUGGUUCAUGGGAAACGUUAUCGGAUCUGCAUCCAUGCCGAUGAAGUGACUUUGGAACAUGAGUUUUGGAAUGAACCUCUACCUGCUGUGUCUAGCUGUAGCGACGGCGUUGUCAUAGAUACGACCCCGCCGACCCCUGGCUCUGUGUGGAUUGGAUGGGACAGGCAUCAAACCUAUCAAACUUCUAGCUCUGAGUUGGUUCUUCAUUGGGAUUCAUUUACUGACAUUGAGGAACACGGCAUGGCACGACAUCACUCAGGGAUCAAGUACUAUGAAUGUGCCAUUGGUUCGAUGCCAGGGGGUCGUGACGUGAUGGGAUUCACACGUGUUGGAAUCACCAAUAGUGUUUUAAUACACAAUCUGAGAUUACAGAAUGGACACCAGUACUAUGCUACGGUGCAAGCGACCGACUUUGUCGGUUUAUCUUCACAAGCGAUGUCGGAUUCAAUCAUCAUUGAUACGUCACCUCCAAUCGUCAGUGCUGAUUAUAUGUUGGACAUUGGAGGCAGCUUCAUCCGGUCUACAACUUCUAUCUCGGCAAGUUGGGAGAAUGUAUUCUCAGACAAGGAUAGUGGCGUAUCGUAUUAUGAGUGGGCCGUCGGUUCGCAUCCAGGUCAUGCAGACAUCAUGCCAUUUACCAGAGAGAGUACAGAAAACGGAGUCAGUGACCCUUCCAGACCUUUAUUUCUACUAGAAGGUCACUCGUAUUUCGUUUCUGUAAAGGCCAUUAACAGAGUUGGUCUGAUCUCUAUGAAGAGUUACGGAGCUUUCACAGUUGAUGCAAGCUCGCCAUUGGCCGGCCAAGUCCUUGAUGGAAACCCAGCGCUUGUUCUAGCCAAUCACAGAGACCGAGACUUCCAGGAGGAUCGCAGAAUGAUCGGGGCUUCAUGGGAAGGAUUUCAUGACCCUCACGGCGCCAUUGUUGGCUAUUUCUGGAGAGCUGGUACAUGUCCAGGAUGUAGCGAUGUCGUACCUGAGCAGCAUGUUGGCAUGGAUACAGGUGUUUUAGCUGAGAGUCUGAACCUUGUGCCUGGUCUGACCUAUUACGUGACAGUGACAGCCUGUAACGCAGCAAACCUUUGUACCUCAGUGAGCUCUGAUGGGGUUAUUGUUGAUGACUCUCCACCAGUGCCAGGGCGUGUGUAUGAUGGCGGUCCUGGGGGUGGUGACAUCAGUUAUCAGUCUUCAAGGCUGCAGCUGCGUGCUCAUUGGUGGGGCUUCCACGACCCUCACUCCGGCCUUUCACAUUACGAAUGGCACGCUGGCACGACACCGGGAGCUGAGGACAUUCUCCCCUCUACGCGCAUUGAGCUGUCGGGGGAUGCCCUGAUAUUCCUGUCAGACUCAGACCAGUUGCCGAUCGGCGCCGAUAUCUACAUCACGGUGCGCGCCUAUAACCGGCUCGGUUUGUGGAGUCAGGCUACGUCUAAUGGGUUCCGUGUGGACUCUAGCCCACCUGAUGUGGUGGAUACACCUGCUGUGGGUGAGAUGCAGGAGAUGGAUGUUAAAAACACUCAAAUCAUGCGGGAUGUGAUUCACUGCUCAUGGAAGUUCGUUGACCCUGAGAGUGGUAUUAAAAACCAGUUCAUAUCCGUCUGCACUCACCACAACGGAGAUGUCAACAUACCUACAUUAGAGAUAGCAGGGAGCGAGUCGGAUCACACAUUCACUAAUCUGACUUUACAUGAAGGCAGCCGUUACAUCGUGACCGUGGUGGCUUGCAACUUCGCUGGUCUUUGCAUAGAUAGCCAGACAGAACCUGUACUAGUCGAUGGCAGUCCACCGUCCGUUGGCACAUUUGCCGUUGGUACGGAGAGUGCUGCUAACUUGGAUAGGCAUCAUAUCACCUGGAUUGACCCAACUGAAUUUGGUGAAACUACUCGACCGAAUGAGCUAAACACAACCGUGAUCGGCAACACCACCGACUCAGUCAACUCUACCACAGAGACUCCACCGACUACCCCAUUUCUCCCACCCUACCUCUCUGGCUGGAUGACUUGGAUAGAAGACCCCCGUACAUCCCUUGGUUCCUUAGCCCUUGCCUGGCUGGGAUUUGCUGAUGUACACUCUGGUAUCAGCCACUACUUGAUCUCCGUCGGACGCACAUAUGGCGGCUCUGAAGUCACUCCGAAUGGUCCAAUCCGUGUAAACCACAGCAACGAAGGCAUGUCUAUGGAUGAAGGCAUCGCACAGACUGCCAUCGUACCGCUAGAGGGCAGUAUAGUAGACUUACCUCAUCCAUAUCUCUACAUCUCGCUCUGGGCUGUUAAUGGGGUUGGGAUACCAAGCGGCCGUCAUCAUUCCACUUUUGAGGUUUCUCACACUUCACCAGAUGAGGGCGCUCUUGUCCUGCUUCGGCGCUGCUCACCUACCACAUGCGAGGGCCACUGUGCCUGUGCACCUAUGGAUAGAACAUGUAAUCCAGCCCAGUAUUGCACUGAUGUCACCGACAGAAAUCCCAACACCGAGCUAGAAGUUCUUGAUGUAAUGAAUCUGAUGCAUGACGAUAUCGAUACCAUGAUUGAUAUUGAUGAGACUACUACUCAAUAUACAGCAGCUGCAGUAUGGCACGUAACUGAGCAGAAGGGACUGGAUAUCAAAUGGUUUGAAUGGAGCAUUGGUGAUGACUCUUCAUCAGAUCCAGUGGGAGUCUUUGAUCCAGUGAAAGAAAGGAUAUGGUUCGAUAUAGGACAGGACAAUGUUACUAUUAUCACAUUGGAUGAAGACCACAAGAUGCUGAGAGGAAUCAAGUAUCAUGUUUUCAUCCGGGCCUGGUAUGACGCCAACACAUACGCAGUGUUCAGAUCAGACGGUAUUACACCUUCUAUUACACCGCCAAAAAUCUCGACGAUCAAAGGCACCAAGAUAAAAGAUCUUGCUACAUCCGAUGCGCAGAAAGACACCGAUUACCUGACAGAUCCUAAUGGGAUCUACAUUUCCUGGGAUGGAGUGUUUUUAGACGAAGCUCUGUCUCACUACCAAGUGUCUCUCAGUACCUAUCCUGGAGGUGAAGAUAUUCGUCAGUUUGCAGAUCACAUCUUCCAUGCCACUGGGUCGGCCAACACGAGUUUCACCAACAUUAACUUUCAGAGUGGACUGCGAUACUACAGCAACGUACGGGCUUUUAACAAAGCCGGUCUGCACACGCUCAAAAGCAGUGACGGUUUCGUGGUGGACUCGAGGAUGCCAGAUCCAGGCUUGGUUUUUGAUGGAAUAGGUCUUCAUGAUGUCGAGUACCAGAACUCCAGCACGGUAAUCUCAGCCUCCUGGCAUGGCUUUGUGGAUCUGGAAUCCUUCAUAGACCAUUAUGAGUGGUGCGUUGGUCAGACUCUUAGCCCUGAAGACGAUGGCAUUCUGCCCUGUACCGAUGUUGGAAUCCAUCUGUCUGCCUCCAAGGGUCUAUCAGUACCUCUUGCAAAUGGAAUACGGUACUUCUCGAAGAUCUCAGCAGUUGAUGCUGCCGGCCUACAGUCUGUAACAGUGUCUUCAGAUGGGUUUGUGGUGGACACCACGGCCCCUGAGCCCCUAGAACACAUCCACUUUGGGGAUAACUUGAUUCAGAAUCCAUCCUUUGAAAACAUGCAGAAACCGGGAAACCGAGAUUCCGAUUUGACAACUGAAGAAAUACCGUCAACAAGCAGUGAGUAUUUUUCCAGCAGUAGACAAGAUGAGCAACUAUUGCAGUGGGAUGUUUGGUCUAACAGCCAGAUAGCCCUGGUUGCUUCUGGGGAGACGAUUGCUCAAGAUGGUCGUUCUUUCCUGUCUCUUCAUGGCUCUAUCUCCCAAACCUUCAACACAACAUCGGGCAGCCACUACCAGGCUGUAAUCUUCGCGAGUCACAUCGUGCCAUCCCACAACCCUUUGCUUAACCAGGAAGGUCGCAUUGAGGCACCAGGAUUGAAUCGUGUCUUCAGGUUGUAUGACCGGCCAGCACACGGUCACUCAGACCAAAGUCUGAGGUCCGUCCGAUGGCAGCAGCACAGAUUUUACUUCACAGCCAGUGACGAUGUCUCAACAUUGAAAAUCUCCUCAGUGGGACAAUCCAAUGGAAUCCUAUUGGAUGAUGUUCAGGUAAAACGGAUCACCCUUGGACAAAGCACCGGUGAUGGGGCUGUAGAAGUCCAUACUCACAUCAGUCAAGGUUGGUCAUCAGUCCAGGCCAAGUGGCAUUUCAUUGAUCCCGAGAGUCCCAUAGUGGACUACAGCUGGGCCAUAGGAACUACGAGAGGCGGUACCCAACUACAAACAUUCACAUCGGUUGGUACACAGACAGACGCUAUGAACAGUAACCUUAGAAUGGCACAUGGCUCCAGAGUCUACGUUACUGUGAUUGCAAGAAAUGCAGCCGACCUCAUCACCAGAGCGACCUCUGACCCGGUAGUGAUUGAUCUGACCCCUCCUAUCAUCCAUGCUGUCGCUGACGGAAGGGAUUUAAAUGAUGUUGACUUCAGUGCAGAUGAUUCUGCUCUGACCUUCAGCUGGUCGGCGUCUGAUCCUGAAAGUGGAAUUGAUCACUGCACAUGGGCAGUUGGCUCAGGGCCUGGACUGGAUGACAUCCUACCCAUGUCAUCGUCUCCUGAUGCCACGUCCAGCAUCACCGCUAGUCUGUCUCAAAUUAUGGUAGAGGGCCAGCGCCUGUACGUAACCGUCACGUGCCACAAUCAUGCUGAACAGUCAUCGUGGAAAUCAUCAGAUGGUGUUACAAUAGUGACGGUGCCUCCUGGUUCUACGACAGCAGCUGUCAUUGUGAAGACCAUGUCAGAUACUCAAUACGAAUCACGCGACGGAUACCAGUCUCAGAGUCACUCUCUCAAAGCAUCAUGGGUUGGCUUCAUGGAUCCGUUCGGAAUUCACUCUUAUGAGUGCUUGCUUAGUGGACCCAACGCCUUCACCUCCUGGACACCUUGUGGAUCAACAUCAGAGACCCACCUUGAUUGGUCAGGUCUUAGCCUGGUUAAUGAUGCAACCUAUAGCCUGUCAGUCAGAGCUAUCAAUCAUGCCGGUCUGAUCAGUCAGCAUAUCACAAGCAACUUUACUGUGGAGUCUUCGGAGCCUGUUGUAGGACCGCCAAGUCUGCUACGAUCUUCCUGGCCCAGUAACACGACGGUCGAUCUUGCCUGGGGUGGCUUGUUCUCUUCCCCUUCGUCCUCCUUGGUGUAUGAGGUAUCUCUGGGUACCAUCCCAGGUGGUAGUGACGUCAUGCAGUGGGUGGAGACCAUGGAGUCUGGUAUGAAUGUCUCGCGGCUGGUUCCGUACACCGACUACCACUUGACAUUGACGGCCAUCAAUGCGGCCGGCUUGUCGCAAACAGUCAACAAGAUUAUCAGUGCCUAG